UCAUGCUGUUCCGAAGCAUUAAUUAAAAAUCACAGUUGGAAGGAUAUAAAAGCAUUCCCAAUCUUCCCUUGCUGUAGUAAAAAAUCAACCGUUGCUAACUAAGGAUGUUCGGAAAACUAAAGCUUCUCUAUCCGGCUUCGCUGGAGACACCCAUUCGCACCAGGGACUCCAACGCCUACCUUCUGGACACGCUUCGAAUGUCGGGCCUUAAUCUCGGAGAGAAAUCUGGCGUGGCAUGGAAAAUCUGGCGAGUCAUUUCCUAUACCUACAGCAUGUUGAUCCUACCGAUCAGUUUCCCCAUCAACUACACUAUUCAUCUGGCCGAGUUUCCGCCAGAUCUUCUACUGCAAUCCCUUCAGUUGUGCCUGAAUACUUGGUGCUAUGCGUUCAAAUACUUCACCCUGGUCAUAUACACGCGCCACUUGGAACUCUCCAAUAUCCAAUUCGAUGAAAUGGACAAGUUCUGCGUGAAGGCAGAGGAGAAACGCAAGAUCCGUGACUCUGUGGCCGCCGUAAACAGGUUGUACAUGGUAUUCGUGGUAGUCUACAUUUUGUAUGCAACUUCUACGCUAAUGGAUGCACUCAUUCAUGAUCGCGUGCCGUACAACACGUAUUUUCCGUUUGUAAACUGGCGCCUUAGCCGUACCCAGCUCUACAUUCAAUGCUUUCUAGAAUACUUCAUAGUGGGUUAUGCCAUUUACGUGGCCACCGCUACCGAUUCCUAUGCGUUAAUCUUCGUGGCGUCUUUGCGCACCCAUAUCACAUUGCUGAAGGAAAGGAUUAUUAGUUUGGGAAUAAUUAAUAACGAUGGGGACACCGAUGCGGAUUCAGUAUUCACAUUGCUGGUGGAUUGCGUCAAGGCCCACAGAACUAUGCUGAAUUUCUGCGAUGCCAUUCGACCCAUCAUAUCGGGCACCAUUUUUGCUCAGUUCAUCAUCUGCGGCUCCAUUUUGGGUGUCAUUAUGAUCAACAUGACCCUGUUUGCCGAUAAGUCCUCCCAGUUUGGAACUGUGACCUAUAUAAUGGCUGUGCUGCUGCAAACCUUUCCACUGUGCUUCUACUGCAACGCCAUCGUGGACGAGUGCAAUGAGCUGGCCGAUGCUUUGUUCCACUCGGCUUGGUGGAUGCAGGAGAAGCGAUACCAGCGAGUGGUUCUCCAAUUUCUGCAGAAGUUGCAACAGCCGAUGACAUUUACGGCCAUGAAUAUUUUUAACAUCAACCUGGCCACCAACAUCAAUGUGGCCAAGUUCGCCUUCACCGUCUACGCCAUUGCCAGUGGCAUGAAUCUUGACCAGAAACUAAAUAUACAGGAAUGAGUUACUAAAUAUUAUUCUUAGCCCCACCACAAGGUAAACACGAUUUGUGUCUUGAACUUAACACUUUUUCUUCGAAGUAUUAUUUGUAAUUGUA